AUGGUCGCUGAUGACCUCGUAGCAUGGAUAACAAUGAUUAAGGGCUAUGGAACUGAUGGAUUGGGUCCUCAAGCUUCAAAAUGGUUAAGAGAAUUCGGUGGAAGUAGAAGUAAAGCCAAGGAGAAUGCAGAACUUCAUUUGAAAGUUUAUGGUUUUGUUAAAGGAUACACCCAUUGGGCAGCUCAUGGAGAAUUUGUUUACUCUAGUGCACCAAAACCUACUUCCUAUGAUAUCUCACAUGGGGUACGGGAUGAACUUGAUGACAUGCAUGGUUUGGUUCAUGAUGCAAUGGGAAUUCCUGAACAAGAUUAUACAAGGAUAGAUGGAACUGAAUACAAAAGCCAAUUGCCCAAUGUAGAAGCUGAAAAGUUUUACAAUCUAAUUGAUAAUUCUAACAAAGAGCUUUACUCUGGAUGUAAAAGAUUCUCAAAACUUUCCUUUAUGAUUCGGCUGCUUCACCUCAAAUGCCUUGGUAAACUCAGCAACAAAAUUUUUGAUAUGUUACUUGAUUUGUUGAAAGAAGCCUUUCCAGAUGCGAUGGAUGGUUUGCCUAAGUCUUAUUAUGAAGUUGAAAAGUUAAUGAAGGAAUUAGGACUUGGGUAUGAUAAAUAUGAUGCAUGUCCGAAUGACUGCCAUAUGAGAUGGCAUGCAGAAGGUCGUACUAAGGAUGGUAACAUGAGGCACCCUGCUGAUUCUCCAUGUUGGCAAACAUUUGACUUUCAUCAUCCAGAAUUUUCUCAAGAUUCUCGUAAUGUGAGGUUGGGCCUAGUAUCAGAUGGAUUUAACCCAUUCAAAAAUAUGAGUUCAACUCAUAGCACUUGGCCGGUAAUAUUGAUGCCAUAUAAUUUGCCGCCAUGGAUGUGUAUGAAACAACCGAACUUUAUGUUGUCAUUGUUGAUACCCGGUCCAUUUGCACCAGGAAAUAAUAUUGAUAUAUAUUUAAAACCUCUCAUAGCAGAAUUAAAGGAAUUGUGGGAUGUUGGAGUGAAUACAUAUGAUGCAUCAAGAAAAGAAAACUUUCAACUUCGUGCAGCACUUUUAUGGACCAUCAGUGACUUUCCAGGUUAUGCAAUCCUCUCCGGAUGGAGCACUAAAGGAAAACUUGCAUGUCCUGUAUGCCAUAAAUACACAUCUUCACAGCAUCUGCAAAAUUGGGGAAAAUAUUGCUAUAUGGGGCAUCGAAGGUACUUGGAAAUGAACCAUCCAUUUCGCAAAGAUGCUAAAUCUUUCAAUGGAGCUGUAGAGUAUGGAAAACCACCAGGAAGGUUAAUGGGGUCUACAAUUUUAGAUGAGUUAGCUGGUUAUAGUAUUAAACUUGGGAAGACAGUUAGUGACAAUCCAGAAUUGCCAUUUAAUUGGAAAAAAUUAAGUAUUUUCUUUGAUUUGCCCUAUUGGAAAGACAAUAUGAUACGUCAUAAUCUUGACGUUAUGCACAUUGAGAAGAACAUCUGUGAGAUCAUUGUGGCUACAUUGUUGAAUCUGGAAAAAACCAAAGAUAAUAAAAAGUCACGUCUUGACCUUCGUGAUAUGGGUAUAAGAUCAGAAUUGCAUCCCAUUGAGAAGGGAAAUGGUAGGAGUGUUCUGCCUCCAGCUUGCUUUACAAUGAAAAAGAAGGAAAAGGAGAUAUUUUACAAAGUUUUGAAAGGGAUAAAAGUUCCAGAUGGCUACGCAACAAAUAUUUCUAGAUGUGUUAAAGUAAAGCCACAAAAAAUUUCUGGAUUAAAAAGUCAUGAUUACCAUAUUUUGAUGCAACAACUUCUCCCAAUAGCUCUGCGCAGGACUUUAUCAAAAGCAGUUCGCUCUCCUUUAGUCAAAUUGAGCAGGUAUUUUCGCAAGUUGUGCUCCAAAGUUUUGGAUCCAGCAGAUUUAGUUCAUUUGGAAAAAGAGAUUGGUAUCAUACUUUGUCAAUUAGAAAGGAUUUUUCCACCAUCCUUUUUUAAUGUGAUGGUACAUCUAGCUGUUCAUUUGGUUAGCGAAGCAAAAAUAGGAGGGCCUGUCCAUUAUCGGUGGAUGUAUCCUAUAGAAAGGUAUUUAGGAACUUUGAAAUCCUAUGUCCGAAAUAGAAGUCGACCAGAAGGCUGUAUUGCUGAAGGCAAACACCAUAAAAUGGUGGAGGAGCAAAAUCCAUGUGCUGGAAAACAUGUCAUUGAGCGUAUUCAUUGUGAGAAUUUUGCAGAUUGGUUUUCGAACCAUGUUAAGCAGAUUCAAGUGGCUGAUGGUGUUGACAUCUCCAAAGAUUUGAAACUUCUGGCUAGGGGUCCAAAUAAUGUGGGGAGAACAUAUCAAAAGAUUCUUGUCACUGGCUUUCGCUUCCAUACAAGACAAUUAGAAUCUCAGAGGAAAACUCAGAAUAGUGGGGUUCUUGUCAAUGCAACAACAUCAAGCUUUUCGAGUACUAAAGAUAAUAAUCCAAUUUUAAGUGACUUGGCUUACUAUGGUAUUUUGACGAAUAUCCUUGAGUUAAAUUACACUGAAGGCCGAACUGUCACCUUAUUUGAAUGUGAUUGGAUAUCAAAAGGCAAAAGAUUAAAGCAAGAUGAGGAUGGAUUCACAUUGGCCAACUUCAAGAAUGUAAAGCCUCACCCUGAGCCAUAUGUGAUAGCAACCCAAGUUUCACAAGUUUUUUAUGUUGAAGACCCUUUAGCUGAAGGCUGGAGUGUUGUUGUUGCUACAUCUCCUAGGAAUGAGUUUAUGAUGGACCCCGUAUGUGAUAUUGAGAUGUAUUUGCAGAGCACAAUUACCUCAACAACUCAAAUGGACAAUGAGAAUGAAGACAUUCGAUGGGUUCGAGAAGAUGAUGGAGAUGAAAUACUCCACUAG